AAAAAAAAAAUUUAAAAAAAAAAAAGAAUCAUGCUGUACACAUCUUACAGUAGGCAUGAGUGUGUGACCAUUUUCACUUCUAAAAACACAUUAAUGCUAAGAAAAUGUCUAGAGAAAUAUAUAAUGGGGUGUAGUGGUGCCUCCUUAGGGUUUUACUGAGCACUCUUCAGUCUGGAAAGGUGAGGAGUAAGGAAGAGAUGACUAAUGUUAUCAGAAUCCCAAAGUGACCAUCAUGUGUUACCGUUGUUUGUUGUGACAAUUCUGGGGCAUCUCUGGAAGCUGGAAAGAGGGAAUGUCAACUUUAUUUGGUAAAUAUCUCCAAAUGUUAGACUAGGGUGUAAAAGGAAUUAAGUUUAGAAAGAUUUCUUUCAAUUGGUGGAUGAUAGAGGCUUAAUGAAAGGUAAAUUUAGGACAUUGGGAUUUUUUAGGACUGUAUCAUAAAGGGCAAUCCCCGUGCUUUCCCAGAAAACAUAUUAGUGCCAUUGUCAGAUACAAGGAGGGAUGAAUUGUUGGUCUGACCCAUUUUAUGGCUCGUCCAACUCUGUACUUCUCUUUGGAUUGUUUUUGAACUUAGGACGUCCCAAACCAUUCCUCUCAUCUUUUUUCCCAAACUGGUGCCUUCUCCACCUGUAAAGUAUUUUCCUCUAUAGUCCUGCCGGUCUCCCAGGCUUGCAACACCAUGGAUCUUGAUGACUUCUUUCAUUCCCUUCUCUCCUCACCUGAAAUUCCUUUCCCUGUGUUUUCUCUACGACCUGUGUUUUAGUCAGAUACCCUCUGAGUCUCAGUUCAUCAGUGAAGUUUGUGAUCACUGAUAGCUCUUUCUCACUUGAAACAAAAUUGCCCUUUCCAAGGCAUUUCCAUUUAUUGUCUCUAGUAUUCAGCUUGGCACUUAGUCUCAUGCAGCUGCAGAACUUGCCCUGUUUACCUUACCUCUCCCAGUUGACAGUGAGCCCUUUGGAGGCAGUGAUCGUGUUUUUACUCCCCAUGGUGCUUGACAUGUGGUUUCACGUGGACAAACUCUCUUCGGCUCAUGUAUACCUUCGAUUACAUAAGGGGGAAAAGAUAGAAGACAUCCCAAAGGAAGUCUUGAUGGACUGUGCCCAUCUCGUGAAGGCCAAUAGCAUUCAAGGCUGCAAGAUGAACAAUGUGAAUGUGGUGUAUACACCGUGGUCUAACCUGAAGAAAACAGCUGACAUGGAUGUGGGACAGAUAGGCUUUCACAGGCAGAAGGAUGUGAAAAUUGUGACAGUGGAGAAGAAAGUGAAUGAGAUCCUGAACCGAUUAGAAAAGACCAGAAUGGAGCGGUUUCCAGAUCUAGCGGCAGAGAAGGAAUGCAGAGACCGAGAAGAGAGGAAUGAGAAAAAAGCCCAAAUUCAGGAAAUGAAAAGGAGAGAGAAGGAAGAGAUGAAGAAGAAGCGAGAAAUGGACGAACUUAGGAGCUAUUCGUCGCUAAUGAAAGUUGAGAAUAUGUCUUCAAAUCAGGACGGCAAUGAUUCAGAUGAAUUCAUGUAAAUGGAGGAAAGGACCUUUUAAAGAUGUGAAUUUAGGGACAGUUGCAGACGUUUUGAUUUCAUCUGUGUUCUGAGUUAUAAAAAAAUGAGUAAAAUUCUACCUUCAUUCUACACAAAUAUUACCAACUUCAGAGUUUUAAAAAAAAGUGUUUCCUUUUUUGCCAACAGAAAAGGAUCAGAUAUUUAUAAUAUAUUUGGACUUGAAAAUAGCAUAUAACUUUAGGAAAGUGAAAAUAUUUUUGCCGGAACAUGUCUUAGUACCUCAUGAAAGUUGGCUGCCCUUGUUCCUGGGAUAGACUUUAGAAUGAACCAGCUCUGAAAAGUAUUUGUUACUGUGCUCUGUCCCUGAAAACAGAUGUCUUGAAAAGCUUUUCAUGUUCUUAAAAUAGCUUCACUUCUGUUAAGAAGAAUGUAUUAGUGAGCAGUAUAUGCGAAUGUUCCCCUCAGCCUUGAUUUCCUGACUAGAAAAAAAAAGCUUAUGGGUUUUGAUGGUGGUGGUGAUAUUUUCAGAAGGUUGCUGGCUUCAGUAUUCCCAUUCCAUUGUGUCACCUGAGUCUCUUAGCGGAGUUGUCCUCAGCUCCCAGCUUGUCCUAACUUCUCCCUUCUGCAUCCUUUCUCUGAGCGAGGGCCUCCCCCGCCAGGUACCAUCGUACUUAGAGAAGUAGUCAGUGUUCAUCAAGGUUGGGCGUAUGGCAGUGUUUACCUGAAUGCCACGUAACCCAAGCCACGUGCCUGACGACUUCCAGGCUUUGGAGCCAUUUCUCAGCACUGAGGGGAGAAACCGGAAGGCAUGCGUCCUUUUGAAGAUGUAGGUUACCUGAUUUUUGUCUUGGGAUGCAGCCUAAAACAAAAGUCCGUGUUGCGGUUAUGAUUUUAGGAAAAAAAAAAUUAAGCAUUUCAUGAGCCAGCCAAGUAAUUUGUUUAUUUACCUUGAAAUAAUAUUUAUUUUGAUUUGUAACCCCAGAGUUCAGAUUUCUCAAUUGUAGACCCAGUAACUUAAUAUGUAACAAGACUGCUCAUCUGAACCACCUCCUCUCCAGUGUGAUUCCAAAUAGAAGACCUAUUUUUAUUGCAGUCCCUGUAGGAAGAGACAAAACAAAACCAUGAAAGGGGAAGAGAAUAAAGCCUGCAGGUCAGGAGGCAUGCAGAUUCACAUUUUAACCACACCCAGAGCUCUACACGCAACUUCUUUUAUUCUUCACUGUAUUCUAACCCAGCAAAAAUUAUCUCCUCCAACAAAUACUCUACCUAUAAUAGCACUUUGGAACUAUGGGUAAAACCAAAAGACUUCAGUGUUUCUAUUUAUCCCAAAUUGGUGUGUGGAGUUGGAAACUGGAAAAUUUCCCUGAGGCAUAGCUCAGCCAGAUUUUUGAGAGGGGGUAUGGGAAAUGACUCCAGAAAUUAAUGAUCGUGUGUGUUUGUGUGUGUGUGUGUGUGUGUGUGUGUGUGUGUGUGUGUGUGUAAUAAUAUUCACCCUGGGGUUCUGUGAUUUUAAAAAUGUAAUAAUAAAGAAUCAUUUUUUAUUUGGAA